CCAAAGGAAAAUAACCCCCGAAAAUAAGGCCACCGUAUUGGAGCUUAUGGACCUCAAAGCAAAUAAAAAAAUGAUUCAACAUAAAAUAAUUGAACGAAAGUGGGAAGAUUGUUACUUUAAAAGACUUAUCAAAUAUUCAUACUACAGGCAGAAAUAAUGAUUCAAAGAACAAUUUAGUGGAGGUUGUUAAUAAAUUAAAGACCAAAUUUAAUUGUAUUGUUGAAAUAUCAACAGAUGAGUCAAAUAACCUCAAUGGUGUUUUUAUACAGGACAGAUUCAUGACUGAAUCGUUUGAAGCAUUUCCUGAAGUAGUUUUUGCAGAUGCUACUUACAAACUGCUCGACUUAAGAUUGCCAGUAUAUGUGUUAAUGACGGAGGAUGGCAACGGACAGAGCGAAAUUGCAGCAAUUGGCUUAUUAGUGAACGAGGAAGAAGUUACCUUGCGCUGGUUUUUUGAAACUUUUAAAAAAAAAAACCCAAUUUCGGCACAAACUCGGGUGUAUGUAACGGACAAGGACAUGAAGGAAAGAAAUGUUAUCAAGCAAGUCUUUCCUAAUAGCGCACUCACAAUAUGUUUAUUUCAUACUUUGAGAACAUUUAACCGCGAAAUUACCUGUGAUAAGCGAAAUAUCACUCCCAAUGAAAGGGACACGGUAAAAGAAGUAAUUCAAAGUAUUGUUUAUUGUAAAUCAGAAAUGGAAUAUAAUAAUUUAUACCAACACUUGAAGACUAUAGCACCAGAAACAGUCAUGGAAUAUUACAAUAAAAACUGGCAUUUAAUAAGGGAUGAAUGGGUGAUAGGCAUGACCUACAUGACAGGAAAUUUUAUGAAUAAAACAAAUAAUAGAUUAGAGAGUUUCAACGGGAAACUAAAAUCUGUUAUUUCCUGUUUUUCUACUUUAGAAAAUUUUGUAGAAAAAUUAUUCAUUGUUCUCAAAUGCAUUAGAUUAGAACGCGAUAAAAAUGCUGUGAAGUUGGUUCAAAAACACCCAAUUCAAAUGUCUCAAACUCCUGAAUUGCAUAAGUAUUAUGAUUUGUUAACACCUUAUGCAUACAAUUUUUUAAAAAAACAGUUUGAGUAUGACGAAGAAAGUAUUACUAAAAAUACAACUGAGAAUACAUGCAGUUGUAUUUUCUACAACUCAAUGAGACUUCCGUGUCAUCAUAUUUUUAAGGUACGAAAACAAUCACUGACACCUUUAUUUGAUCCUGAUUUGUGCGAAAAAAGAUGGACGAGAAAUUAUUAUUAUAAAACUCAAAGGGUUUUUCAAAAUGUUGAGGUCGCUGUCUCCGAUAGUGAUACUACAGUAACUACAUUAUACAGAAAAAAGAAAAAAGUCCCAACAACUCAUGAAAAGUUCAGAAAAGCAACAUUAAUAGGUGCAAAGAUUUCUGAAUUAAUUUCCCAAGCUUCAAAUGUUCAUUUCUAUAGAAAAAUUGAACAGCUUGAAUGUAUAUAUAAUAAUUGGUUGAAAGGGCAUGAGGUAUCUAUUCAAGUGUUAGAUGUAGAUAAUGACGUUACGGAUGAUGUUGAAAAUGAAGAUUUAGGUAAUUAUAACAGACAGGAUAACUACCCAGACAAUGAUGUUGUGUAUGGAAACGAUAAAACUACGGAUGCUGGAUGCUCAGAAAAUAUUAACAAUCAGGAUGUAGAUAAUGACGUUACGGAUGAUGUUGAAAAUGAAGAUUUAGGUAAUUAUAACAGACAGGAUAACUACCCAGACAAUGAUAUUGUGUAUGGAAACGAUAAAACUAUGGAUGCUGGAUGCUCAGAAAAUAUUAACAAUCAGGGUAUCAAAUCAAUAAUACUACCAGGUAAAGUUAGAACAUGUGGUCGACCGAAAGGCGCAAUUCUGACAACAAUCGGCCUUCGAAGGCCUAGAACUAAAAGAACAUUGGCUCAAAAACCAGAAACAAAAAUCCAAAAGAAGGGAAAUAGGGAUAUAGCUGUCGAUCCAGAUGAACCAACCUAUUGUCUUUGUGUUCAGAUUUCGUACGGAGAGAUGAUAUGUUGCGAUAAUGAUUCAUGUCCAAUAGAAUGGUUUCAUUUUUCUUGUGUUUCAUUAUUAACAAAACCAAAAGGUAAAUGGUUUUGCCCCAGGUGUCGUGGAGAUCGUCCAAAUAAGAUAAAACCUAAAGCCUAAACCUAAAGAUUUAUUAUUUUUUAUUAUUAUUUAUUAUUUAUUAUUUUAUUAUGACUAUCGGUUUCGUAUAGCCGAUUACAGUGAAUUAUUAUUAUAUUAUAAUUACCUAUAAGGAUUAACGAUUUGUCAAUCAUUGACAUUAAAUGUAAAAAUUUAAAUUAAAUAUUUUGUAUGUAUUAACUUACUGUUUAUUAUUAUAUAACUAUCGGUUUCGUAUAGCUGAUUACUGUGAUUUAUUAUUUUAUUAUAAUUGUAUGUAUUAACUAAUAAAAAAAAAAUAACUAAUACCUAACUAAUAACUAAUAACUUACUAUAACAAAAUUAAAGUUAUAGAACAAUGUAUUUCUAUUUUCUUCGUAUUAUUAUUGUUCUGUGGUAUUAUCAUAUUUUCAUAUUUACAGUGUGACCCGGCGCUCUACAGUGUAACCGGGCGCCCGGUACUCUAUUACAUGUCCGGGCGCCCGGCGCUCUACAGUGUAACCGGGCGCCCGGCGCUCUACAGUGUAACCGGGCGCCCGGCGCUCUAGACACAGCGAUAUAUAUAUUA